CCCAGCAAGAGGACGUGGUCACGUGGUCACGUGGUUUACAGCGUCACGCGCGGCCUGGUCACAUGAUGACCGUGACGACAGAGCGCCCACGCAAGGAGCAGCAGGUAGCACAGCUUCGUUCCUUCUCUAGUCUGCAGUCAGUGCAGCGCAUAGUACUUACCAGGGGCACCCUCCUCUGCUCCCCACACAGCCUGCCCACCGUUUCCAUGCCCACAGUCCCUGAGCAGUUGGAUGAAUGGUACUUACAGUAACCAAGAAGAACAUUACUUACUCCAAGCUUAAGCUGAUGGACCUAACGUCAUGGGUCAUCAUUCCUGUCCUCUUAGGCAGUGUUGGUAUCUACAGCCUAUUCAAAGUCUUGCAAAAGCUGCGUAGCAGUGCUUAUAUCCAGGAUGCUGCGGUGGUCAUCACAGGUGCUACAUCUGGUCUGGGCAAAGAAUGUGCAAAAGUAUUUUAUAAAGCUGGUGCCAGGCUUGUGCUGUGUGGGCGUAAUGAAGAAAGACUAAAGGAUCUGAUCAAUGAACUAAACCAGAUGCGGAAAGGAUCCUCUCAGCGGCAUAAGCCACAUAUGGUGAUAUUUGACCUGUCCGACGUAGACACUGUAACCAGCGCAGCUAAAGAGAUUCUUCAUCUUGUGGGGAAUGUGGACAUUCUCAUUAACAAUGCUGGAAUCAGUUACCGUGGCACUAUUUUGAACACGAAAGUUAGCGUGGACAGAAUGAUUAUGGACACAAACUAUUUUGGACCAGUGGCUUUAACUAAAGCUCUUCUACCAUCAAUGAUCAAGAAUAAAAAAGGACAUAUUGUUGCAAUCAGCAGUGUUCAAGGAAAAAUAAGUAUCCCUUUCAGAUCUGCAUAUUCAGCCUCUAAACAUGCUACACAAGCUUUUUUUGACUGUCUACGAGCUGAAAUGGCACCACAUGACAUAGCUGUCACUCUGAUAAACCCAGGAUAUAUUCAGACUAACCUGUCACUGAAUGCAGUGACUGAUGAUGGGUCCAAAUAUGGAGUAAUGGAUAAGACCACCGCUGAAGGCAGAACAGCAGAAGAGGUAGCAAAAAUUGUCUUCAAUGCUGUAGGGGAAAGGAGUAAAGAGGUUCUUGUGGCUGGACUGGUGCCUACGUUGGCUGUAUAUCUGAGGGCUCUGGCCCCUAAAUUAUUCUUUUCUCUCAUGGCAGCAAGAGCUAAGAAAGAGAGGAAGCUGAAGGAUGCUUAGUAUGCCAAGUGUAAUUCUCUGAAGACCAAAAAUGUCCGUGCUAGUAGGAAACCUAAUAUGAAUCAAGGAUAGCAACAACAAAAAUGUCAACUCUAGUCUGUUCUCUCUGAUCUUGCUAUUCUUCUAAGGAAAAAGUUGGGUUUAAUGCCAUUUAAAGUCUCUGCAGCUUGCCCCUCUCUAAUGGGCCAGAAAGAAUCUAUGAUGUUCUUUGAUAAGGGCACUUUUCCAGCAUUAGCUAAAGAAAUCGUCAGUACAGUGAUAGUUUUAAUGUACAUAUUGUGACUCCAAAUAGCUCUUUCAGUGCUCAUUACAGAAUAAAGUGAUUUUAUACUGGACCUCA